AUGGCAGCCAUGGUGCCGGGCCGGGUCCUCAACGAAGGGCGCUACAAAGUCACGCGCGAGCUGAACAGGGGAGCCACGGCGGUGGUCUACGAGGCGCAGGACCUGCAGGAUCCGGGCGGCUCCCCGGUGGCGCUCAAGGUCCUCAACGCCACGGGCGGCCAGAUGUCCGUGCCUCUGAAAAUCGUGAAGCGCGAGGUGCAAUACGCGUGCAACAUGCGGCACAACAACAUUGUACGGCUGCUGGACGUGUUCGCGGAGGGGAAGCAACUCAUCCUGGUGUGGGAGUUGAUAUCGGGGCCCGACCUUCUCGACUUGCUCAACGAGCACGGUGGUCGUAUGCCAGAAGAUCUCAUGGCUUUCUACUUCUACCAGCUGGUGAAAGGAGUGGUGUUCAUGCACGACAACGGCUUCUGCCACAGGGACCUGAAACCGGAAAACUGCAUGGUUGAGAAGGAGACACAACUGCUCAAGAUAAUCGAUUUUGGGCUGAGCAAACACAUCGACAGUGUGAAUACCUUGGGGGUCGGCACCCCCGAUUACAUGUGCCCUGAAAUGCUUGGCAUCGGACCUUCCAUGACCGGGGCAGGACCUAAGUACGACGCCAAGGCCGUCGACGUCUGGGCCAUGGGGGUGCUGAUGUACCUCCUGGUCACCGGAGUGUACCCUUUCGAGGACCCUGCACACCCCAACAGCGUCAGCCACACGCUGCAGAACGUGCGGGCCGGGCGCAUGAGGCCCUUCCCGGACCACGUGACACAGGAGUGCGGGGAGAUCAUCAAGCACAUGCUGCAGCGGGAGCCCCACCGGCGCAUCAACCUGAAGCAGAUCAUGCAGCACCCCUGGCUCAAGACACACGCCAUGAUCCACGCCAAGAAAAUCGGGCGCCCCGAGCUUGGGUCCGACGACUCCGGCGCGGUGCGCAUUGGCGGCGGCGGCGGCGGCUCCCCGGCGUCAGAAGAGGCCGUGGGUGCUGACGCAAAGUUCGAGAAGAUUGCUAAGAGGGUGACGUCAGACGUCCGCGACGAGGGCUCGUCGCCGCGCGGCCAGCCCGGGUGCUUUGGCAGUGUCGCCGGCAGGAAGUCGACCAUGUCGUUGACGUCGAGGUUACGAAGGUUCUUCGGCGGGGGGUCUUUGGCGAACUAA